UUUGGCAGCCAACAGACGACGUGGUGGGAAUAUGGAAUGGUCGAGGCUCGAUCCAGAGGGGAAUCGAGAUAUAAAGGUCCCCCGAAGCAUCGCAAAGAUUCUAUUCAGAGACCGGCACUGGUCGACUUCGUUCAGAGAGCUUUACUCUUGGCGAGAUUCCGACGUGUAAUCGUGCGAAGGUCGUGCAAUCGAACGCUUUUAUUCUUUUCAAAUUUUCGUCUUUUUUUGUACGAUUCAUCGUGUCAUUUCAAUAUUCUGCUUAGGGAAAUAUUUGUACCCAAUAUAUUGAAAAGCUAUAUCGAAAAGUGAUCAAAAUGCCUACUUGCGCGUGUGAAAAUCGUUACUUGGACGAGGAGAGUCACGUAUGUCAACUGAAACCACCGGUUGAAAAUGACGAGAAAGAGACACAAGAAUAUGAUCCUGCAGUUAGAUACAGAGAUGGAUCCGUACGACUUCGAAACCCAAAUAUUGAACUUAUGGAUCAAGAUAUACUAUAUCACCUUGCUCUGGGCAGUGGAUCCCACGAUCUCGUUGAAAUGUUUGGAGAUGUCAAGUUUGUGUGUAUGGGAGGAACGCCGAAGCGUAUGGAACAAUUCGCUAAUUACAUAAUGAAGGAAAUAGGUCACAAACUUCCAGCUGGAACAACACUUCUUGAUAUUAGCCAGUAUUCAUAUCGUUAUUCCAUGUAUAAAGUUGGACCGGUUCUUUCUAUUAGUCAUGGAAUGGGCAUACCAUCGGUUGGAAUUUUGCUUCACGAAGUGAUUAAGCUGAUGUACCAUGCAAAAGUGAAAGAUCCAAUAUUCUUCAGGAUUGGUACAUGUGGAGGAAUUGGCCUUGAAGGUGGCACUGUCGUCAUUUCUGAGGAAGCAGUCGAUGGAAUGCUGAAGUCUUAUUUGGAACUGCCCGUGCUUGGUAAAAUGGUAAGAAGACCUGCUAAACUAGAUAGACAACUGGCUCGUGAUUUGAAGACAUUAGCGCAUCGUGACAAUCCUUAUGACACUAUAAUCGGUAAAACGAUGUGUACUUAUGACUUCUACGAAGGACAAGGCCGAAUGGAUGGUGCAUUUUGCGAAUUCACGGAAAAUGAAAAAAUAGAAUACUUAAACAAGCUGCAUAAAGCUGGCGUAAUAAAUAUAGAAAUGGAGAGUCUUGCAUUUGCUGCUCUCACACAUCAUGCGGGCAUCAAAGCUGCUGUUGUUUGUGUAACAUUGAUAGAUCGAUUCAAAGGAGAUCAGGUAUUAGCACCAAAGGAAGUUCUGGAUGAAUGGCAAAUAAGACCGCAAGAAUUAAUCGCACGCUAUAUAACGAGAUAUCUUCAACGAAAAGGCCGCCUCUCCUUAGAAGGUCAUGGAUCGAUGUGUGUCAAGAGUCCACGUCGGUUUAAAUUGGUUCAACAGGAAUCGGAAAACUAUGAUUAAAUUCAGGACAUGUCAAAUACAGGAAUUGCUAAGAAAAAUCAAUAUCUUGUUAAGAGAAGAAUGUACUAUUAUAGUACAAUGAAAACGCACGGAUUUGUUAGUUCUAUCAACGAUUGAUACAUUGAUCAAACGUCCUUUUAUUCUUUUACGUAUGUUCAAGUAUCAUUGUCAUAUAAAAAAUUUAAUGAAAAUGUUUUAUCAUUAUUUUUUUAUAAAAUGAAUUAUUAUUAUAUACUUCUUUAAUGCGAGUUUUGUACCAAAAAAGUAUUUCUUGAAAAGUAUUUAGAUAUAAAAAUAAAAUUUAAGUUGUAUAUUGUGACAUUUUCUAGAAUCUUGCAUACUUAAUUAUCAAUAUUAAAUAGUAAUUAAUGAAAUUCAAUAUUGGCGAAAUUCAAAAUAAGUUAUUAUUUAAUUUAUUAAGAGAUUUUUUGCACUGUAGAAAAUAUGUUUUUAAUGUUUUCUAUUUUUUUUAUUUAUAUAAUGAAUUGAGUUUUAAUUGUGUUUUUACUGUGUACUUAUGCGAUUUUUAAUGUAAAAUUUUAAAGUUCCUUUUUUAAGUUUAUAAUAAUUGCGAAAAAGAAGCUCAAAGAAUCAUAAACCUCAUCAGUUUUAUUGCAUUAUUAUGAUGCAAUGAUCCAAGUACAAAACAGGCAAGAUAUUUAAAAAUAUAAUUACCAAAGUAUAUGAUGUAUUUACAUUCUUAAUGACCAUACCUGGCUACAUAUCUAUUGUCCGUGUAUUUUCUGAAAGUUUUAUUUCAGGCUGCAAUUAUAAUUAUAUCACAUAUGAAGAAGAUUAACAUUCAUCGACCAAGAGAUUUUUAUGUUUGAAACACGCGAAUCUUUAACGCAUAUUUUUUACAUGAAGCGCUGAAGUUCUACAACUAGAUCUACGAACGAUUUAUUGUAGAACUAUGAUGCUCGCAGUUUUAUUGAUUCUAUAUAAAACUGCAAAUUCUUUUAACUGUGUUUUAAGGACGUAUAAAAUAUCUUAUCGAUAAUGUUAAGAUUCUAUGUAUUAGUAGUUGAUUAGAGAUUUAGUACUACAUUCCACAUAGUUAAGUAAUAGCAUGUGCUUUCGUUCGAUUAACAUUUAUAUAAUUGAGGUUUUUAUACGUGUAUAUAUAUCAUAUUCAUCAUAUAUGAACGUAUAAAGACAACCUCAAUAUUUAAAUUUCAUCUGAGACUGGAUUAAAAAUUAAAAAAAAAAAAAAAGAAAUAUAAAUACAUUAAUGAGAUAAUACAAUUUUGAUUUUUUUUGUUUUCUAGUGCCAAAUAAUAAAUUUGAAGAUUAAUUUAUUGUAAUAAAUUUCUUAAUCCUGUCUCAAUAUUAUAACUUGUUAAAAUUUUGUGACCAAUGAACAUAUUAAAAAUGUUGGUCAUCAAAUAAUCAGUUGCUAUUUCUUCUAUACAAAACAAAAAAAAAAUGCAGAAUUGUAAAUUCCUUUGCAAGGAGUUUAAAUAAAAGAAUUAAAUAUAGCUAACGUUAUUACUUAGCGGUUUUGGGCUUUAUUAUAAAGAAUUACGUGUUAUAUAUAUAUACACAUAUAUGUAUAUUUUUAAAGUGUGUGUGUUUUUGUAUUUCAAUAGAAAUUUGUUGAUCAAAAGAUAUAACGACUCUUGUUACGAGAUAAAAAUAAGAAAAUAAUAGCUGAUCAAACAGCUAUCAAAUGUUUAAAUAUAAUUAAAUGCUAUAAUAUUAUUAUACAUUGACGAUUGUUAAAGGUUUACUAUAAACACAUAUUUUACUUAUUUUUUUAAAAACAAUUAGGUUUCAAUAACAUUGUAAAAUUUUUUAUUUUAUAUGUAUUAAACGUUUGGUUUAUGUAUAUAGAUAGAACAUAUAUAUUACAACUUAUAAUGUUUUCGUUUAUUUAAAAUAAUGAAAUGAAUACAGGUAGAAAAAUAUUAGAACAUUUUUAACUUUAAAUUGCUUAUAAAAUUUGUAACAGUGUUCCAUAAAUUGUAUAUUCUAUGAAUGUGUUCAAUGAUAAAUAUUUCUCUAACAAUCACGCCUUACAUUUGUUAAAAUUUUUAACGAAAGUUUAUUUUAGGCUCUUGCUAUAAACUUUUAAUAUUUCAAAAAGUUAAAUGAAUUUUUAUGAAAAAAAAACUAGCACAUGCUAAGUGUAUCAAAUUUUUAAGUAAAUUAUGUCAACUAAUAGUAGAUUUUGUCAAUCAAUAAAAAUGUUAAUCAUACUA